AUGUCUUUCCAGCAAGAUAGAAUGCUUAGCACUAAUCGUUUGGAGGAACAAAGGACAAGUAUAAAUAAAAGGACUCCAGAGGUUUUUAAAGCAAAUGGAGAAAUAAGAUGUCCUGAAGGAUGGAGGUCAGUAGAAAUAAUGUUCGAUAUCACGCAAAAGGAUAAUCUAUUUCCUUGUGAUGCACUAUAUUACCUCCAACAACCGAUAAAACAGAAACCACGAUCACAUGAGGAGAAAAUCCCAGAACAGCUUGUUCUAAGACCGAAGUUCCUUGAAACCCACAAACCUUGGGAAAGGUUACAAGAUAGAAUGGAAUUCACUGUGAAUGGAAGA